CAGGCCUCGGUAAGUGCCUGCUCUGGCCUGGCCAGGCCCUCAGACCCCACAGUGCCCUCCUGGGGACAGCCAAGGGCUGGGAGGACUAGGCCCUACCAGUUUCAGGGCAUGAACCUGAGCUGUGACCAGGCCCGUCUGUGGCUUCCCAGGAUGGAGCCAAACGUGCCUUGGGCCUCUCCUGUCCUCUGGGUCCUAGGGUGCUUCACCCUGCUCCUGUGUCUGUGGGCACUGUGCACAGCCUGCCACAGUAAGCAGGCACAGAGGCACCAGGCCGGGCUGCAGGGCAGUGUGAUGCCAGCAGAAGUGUCACUGCUGAGACACCCCCACGUCUGCUCCCUCAGCAAGUCAGACAGCAGAUUGCAUGAGCUGUGCGGGGGUCCCAGGGGCUGCAGAGCCCCUCGGCCUGCCAGCAUGGAUCUCCUGUGCCCACAAUGGCUGGAGGUGUCCAGAGGCUCCACCAGGCCUGUGGCAGCCUUCUCACACCGGAAGCUGUCCCCAGCCAUGCCUACUGCCAUCGCUGUGCCCUCCAUUGGCCCUGAGGCCACCUAUUCCAAUGUGGGGCCGGCUGCGAUCACCAGGGCCAGCCUGGCAGCCAGCCCUGUAGUGUGGGCAGGGGCACGGCUGAUCAGCAGCUGUGCCAGGCCUGGGCCUGAGGCCAGACCCAUGGUGGCUGAGUAUGCCUGCAUCCAGAAGCUCAAGGGAACAGAUCUGGGACCCCAAGACCUGGAGCAGGGGAAGGCUGAGCGGACCCCAGCCGUUCAGGUGGACAUCCUAUACUCCAGGGUCAGCAAGCCCAAAAGGAGGGACCCAGGACCUGCCACAGAUCAGCCAGACCUGAAGGGCAGGGGAUCAAUCCUGGCUCUGGGUAGUGACCUGGCCUACGGGGCACUCCCACUCAGGGGCCUGGGCAUGGACAAUGGCCCCCUGGAAAACGUGUAUGAGAGCAUCCAGGAGAUGGGGGCCCCUCAGUGCCUAGGGCCCCCCAGCUCUAGCUAUUAGCAGAGUGGACAUAUGCAGGGCUGAAGGUCCCCGGCUUCCAAGGGAGGGGUCUCCAACCCUCACCUGCCCUGAAUAUCCAAGUACAGAUGUUCCUUCUUCCCUAGUGGGACCCAAUGCCCCGACUUCCCCUACAGCCCCACCACCACCACCACACAUAGUUACAGCACAAAGUCCAGGUCCCAAGGCUGCCGGCCUGUGGGUCCCUGGGGUCCUGGCUGCUUGGCCUUGUGGCCUUCCAAGCUGGUAUCUUAAUAAAUACCCAACACAGCCGU